CUGACAUCGUCCACCGACUGCCACACAGUUCCGCCGCCGCCUGCCAUGGUUCGCAAAUGGGCAUAUGAUUUGAACGUCAACACGUCGGCAGCUGACCCGCUCGGGUACAACAAGCACGUCGCGCUGGAUCACAACGCGGUCACGACCACGUCUGCGAACGACACCCUCGACUUGAAACAAAAGCGCGCGACGGAAAUCGCCCAAGCGCCGUUCAAGGGGCUGUUCCAGACCGGGCUCAUGAUGUACAUGAGUGGGUCCUCUAUCAACAUAUUCAGCAUCAUGAUUACGGCCAUGGCGAUCUUCAACCCGCUCAAGGCGCUCUUCAAUGUGAACGGAGCGUUUGCAUCCCUCGAGGACGGCAAGCUGAACUUGGUUCAGGCCAAGAUCACAUUUGUCGUGGCCAAUUUGGUCGCGAUCGCUGUUGCAUUGUACAAGUGCGGGACCAUGGGUCUCUUGCCCACGACGAGCGCCGACUGGACUUGGCUCCUGCCCAUUAAACAUGCGCUGGAAACGUCGGCGUCUGCGACCCCCAUCAACUGAACUGCUUCUCCAACGACGACGACGCCAUCCUCUGAACGACUCGGAGACGUUGGAAUAAAUAUACUUGAACGUUAAAUAUGGAGCAUCACAGCCCAUGCAGUGCGCGACCUGGCAGC